GACGAUCAGAGCAGCAGCAGCAGCAGCAGCAGCAGAAGAAGAGGAGGAGGAGGAGGAGGAGGAGGACGGCUGGUUGUACCAUGUUGCGUCUGAGCUGCCUAUUAUUUAGACUGAUCAGAGCCGGAGCUACGAUGCAGUGACAGUCUACACAGGAAGACACACACACUGACUGACUGAGCAGCGCGUGGGGAGGCAGAGUCACACACGAAUGCGCACGAGAAAUGCUCCUCUCCUAGACUAUGGCACCGUCGGGCUCGCGUAGUAUCAAGCGGGGCUGUCAGAGAGUUUUGUACUGGAUCCCAGUUCUCUUCAUCGCCCUCAUAGUGGCGUGGUCAUACUACGCCUAUGUUUUACAGCUUUGCAUUGAAUCCAUUGAAGACACGGGACAAAAGGUGGUGUACCUGCUGGUGUACCAUGCUGUUUUCAUCAUGUUUGUGUGGGCAUACUGGCAAACCAUCUUCACCAGGCCCAUGAACCCCCUGAAGGAGUUUCACCUGUCCUACUCUGACAAGGAGCUGCUGGAGCGUGAAGACCGGGGAGAGUCUCAGCAGGAGAUCCUGAGGAGAAUAGCCAAGGAUCUUCCCAUCUACACCCGCACUAACUCUGGAGCAAUCCGCUUCUGUGACCGCUGCCAGCUGCUGAAGCCUGAUCGAUGUCACCAUUGUUCAGUCUGUGAUAGAUGCAUCCUGAAGAUGGAUCAUCACUGUCCAUGGGUGAACAACUGUGUGGGAUUCUCCAACUACAAACACUUCAUGCUGUUCUUGGCAUAUUCGCUCCUCUACUGCCUUUUUAUAACUGCGACAGAUCUUCAAUACUUCAUAAAAUUUUGGACGGCCGGAGGUAGAGCACACUUCCGUCUGAAAGAAUACCUGAACGGCCUCCCAGACACUCAGGCCAAGUUCCACAUCCUGUUCCUCUUCUUCUCGGCCUCCAUGUUCUCAGUCAGCCUCGCCUCGCUCUUCAUCUAUCACUGCUGGCUCGUCUGCAAGAACAGAUCGACACUCGAGGCUGUACGUGCUCCGGUGUUCCGUCACGGCACAGACAAGAACGGUUUCAGUCUGGGCUUCAGUAAGAACUUCCAUCAGGUCUUUGGUGAUGAAGUUAAAUACUGGCCUGUUCCCAUAUUCUCCAGUUUAGGUGACGGUUGCUCAUUCCCAUCCUGUCUGGUGAAUCUGGACCCUGAACAGCCGUCUUCACCCUCUGGCUCCAACCUUGCCAACAAAGGUGCAGCAGAGGGUCGCCAGUUCCCCUCCAAGCCACUGAGAGAGAGUCAGAGUCGACUGCUCACCAGCACCCCCUCCUGGACAGAGAAUGACAGUGCAACAGAGAAAAACAAGAAAGGUGCUAACAAUGAUGGCCUGACCAUAGAAAAUGAGGCGUAACCACAGUAAGAAGUGACAUCUCCAAUCCAGGUCUCCUCAUUGUUCGUGCCUAUCAGGACGUGACAUGGCGCUGAUGUCAUCAUCAUCAUCAUCAUCAUCAUCGUCGGUUGUUUACGUUAUUGCACUGAGUUUUCCACGACUGACACCACAUGCGUAGCUUAGCGCAUCAGCAAAUGUAGCUACAGUAUGUCUGCCAAACAUUUGCACAUGGAGUAAAUAAAUUAGUGAUGGUGUUAAUGUGGUGUAAAUGACAUUCCUUCAGUAUUUGCUUUUUCUUUCUUUUUUUUUCCAUUUUGUUUUGUUGUGUUGUGGAAGGUCAAAUGAUGCAUGCUCUCAUCUCAGGAUGUCACACCUUGCUGUAGUGAACUGUACAUGACGUUCUCUCCUUUGCUUGAAAGUAUAAUAUUAGUAAUCAUGUUUUUGAAUAAGGGCUCUUCUGACUGGUUAUAGCAUGACCAUGACUCCCGCAGUGGAGGUUCAGCUCACUGGCCACCAUCAAAAAGAAACCUCGGUGUAAUGCUGAUAACGUUGAGUGUUUUUGUUAAGAAAUGUUAUGUUGUGAAUGUAAUGUAAAAAAAAAAAGUCAGUUCCACCCACUUUGUACUCUAUUUUCACCUUCUGAGGAAUUUGUCUAUUCUCGUCCAGUGCUGGAAAUGAACUGUACAUUUAUGUAAAGAACGUAUGCCUGUUUAAAAAAAAAAGAAGAAAAAAAAGCUUCAUGGUGAUUGCUGGUGUCAAUUUAUAUUUUUUUAUUCUGUCUGUUGAGACAAACCUGACGUGUGAGGCCAAGUACUGUACUGUUGUGAUGCCUUAUGAGAAUAAAAAGAGCUCAUCAGUU